CAGGAGGCGUGUCUCCCCUACGGCCGGAGCGCAGCGCUACCAGAUGCAAGUGCGGGGGAAGCGACUCUGCUCCUCCAUAGAAACAAAUCAACUUCUUUGUGCUGCUCUGGUGACUCUUCCCGGCUCCAGCUCUACCUAGGUAGAUGGAUUUCUUCAAACUCUGCCCUGCCUAACAUGGAUGCCCAGCCACCUCCACCACCACCACCUCCACCAUCAUCUUCCUCAGCUGAGUCGGAGGGCUGUUAUUUCUUGGCGCAGUGAGCUGGACACGCAGUGCUUUUUUGCUAAAUGGAUGUGGGGAAACCGUUGCCCAGCCCGCCGGUGGUGCCCAGCCGCCUUGCUUCACGUUAAAGAGAAAACAUUUCUGGGGAAUAUAUCGAUUCAGGGAAUAAAAAUCCUGUGCACCACACAAGCACCAUGAAGAUCACUUUCCUGCUGAUACUUAAUGCGAGAGUCAGGUGCACCGUCAGGCUUCUACUGCUGCUAUUACACUGUGUGGGAUAUUCUCAUGGGAUGCCGCACGUCCUGAGAUUCGGGGGGAUAUUUGAGUCCAUUGAAAGUGGGCCGUCAGGUGCUGAGGAACUAGCCUUUAAAUUUGCUUUAAACACAAUCAACAGGAACAGAACCCUACUGCCAAACACAACGCUCACCUAUGACAUCCAAAGGAUAAACAUCUAUGACAGCUUUGAAGCCUCCAGGAAAGCUUGUGACCAGCUUUCUCUGGGAGUGGCGGCCAUCUUCGGCCCCUCUCACAGUUCCUCGGCCAAUGCGGUCCAGUCCAUUUGCAAUGCCCUGGGGGUGCCACACAUCCAGACCAAGUGGAAGCACCAAGUAUCAGACAACAGAGAUGUCUUCUACGUUAGCCUCUAUCCAGACUUCUCUUCCCUCAGCCGGGCUAUCCUGGACCUGGUCCACUUCUUCAAGUGGAAGACGGUCACUGUGGUUUAUGAUGACAGCACUGGUCUGAUUCGAUUGCAAGAACUUAUAAAGGCGCCAUCCCGGUACAACAUCCGGUUAAAGAUCCGGCAGCUGCCUGCAGAGACAAAGGAUGCUAAGCCGCUUUUAAAAGAGAUGAAGAGGGGAAAGGAGUUCCACAUCAUUUUUGACUGCGGCCAUGAAAUGGCUGCUGGGAUCCUGAAGCAGGCUCUCGCCAUGGGGAUGAUGACAGAGUAUUAUCACUAUAUCUUCACCACACUGGAUCUGUUUGCACUGGAUGUGGAGCCUUACCGAUACAGUGGUGUGAACAUGACAGGCUUCAGGAUCCUCAACACUGAGAACAGCCAGGUGGCCUCCAUCAUUGAGAAAUGGUCCAUGGAACGACUGCAGGCUCCACCCAAACCUGACUCUGGUCUACUGGACGGCUUCAUGACCACGGACGCUGCGCUGAUGUAUGAUGCCGUGCACGUGGUGGCCGUGGCUGUGCAGCAGUCUCAGCAGAUCACUGUCAGCUCAUUACAGUGCAACCGACACAAGCCCUGGCGCUUCGGGAACCGCUUCAUGGCCCUCAUCAAAGAGGCCCACUGGGAUGGCCUGACUGGGAGAAUCACUUUCAACCGGACUAAUGGCUUGAGGACAGACUUCGACCUUGAUGUCAUCAGUCUGAAGGAGGAGGGGCUUGAGAAGAUUGGUACCUGGGACCCUCCAAGUGGCCUGAACAUGACGGAAAACCAGAAGGGGAAGACGACUAACGUCUCUGAUUCCUUAUCCAAUCGAUCGCUGAUUGUCUCCACCAUACUGGAAGAGCCGUAUGUGAUGUUCAAGAAGUCUGACAAGCCGCUGUAUGGGAACGACCGCUUUGAAGGCUACUGCAUAGACCUGCUGAGAGAGCUGGCAAACAUCCUGGGCUUCAUUUACGAGGUUCGCCUGGUUGAAGAUGGGAGAUACGGUGCUCAGGAUGAGAACACAGGCCAGUGGAAUGGCAUCAUCAAGGAGCUAAUGGACCAUAGAGCUGAUCUGGCAGUGGCUCCCCUCGCCAUCACAUACGUGCGUGAGAAGGUUAUCGACUUCUCCAAGCCCUUCAUGACGCUGGGUAUAAGUAUACUGUACCGCAAGCCCAACGGGACCAACCCUGGGGUCUUCUCCUUCCUCAACCCCCUCUCGCCCGAUAUCUGGAUGUAUAUUCUGCUGGCUUACUUGGGUGUCAGUUGUGUGCUGUUUGUCAUAGCCAGGUUUAGUCCCUACGAGUGGUAUAACCCCCACCCUUGCAACCCUGACUCGGAUGUAGUGGAAAACAAUUUCACCCUGCUAAAUAGUUUCUGGUUUGGAGUUGGAGCUCUCAUGCAGCAAGGAUCUGAGCUCAUGCCGAAAGCCCUCUCAACAAGAAUUGUAGGAGGAAUUUGGUGGUUUUUCACACUCAUCAUCAUCUCCUCCUACACUGCAAACCUGGCGGCCUUCCUCACCGUGGAGAGGAUGGAGUCGCCCAUUGACUCUGCUGACGACCUUGCCAAGCAGACGAAGAUAGAAUACGGGGUGAUCGAGGAUGGCUCCACCAUGACCUUCUUCAAGAAAACCAAGAUCUCCACAUAUGAUAAGAUGUGGGAGUUCAUGAGCAGUCGCAGGCACUCAGUGAUGGUAAAGAACAUUGAGGAAGGCAUUCACCGUGUGCUCACCUCGGACUAUGCAUUCCUCAUGGAGUCCACCACCAUUGAGUUUGUCACACAGCGCAACUGCAACCUCACCCAGAUUGGAGGCCUCAUUGACUCCAAAGCCUACGGAGUUGGCACUCCAAUGGGCUCUCCAUACCGAGAUAAGAUCACUAUUGCCAUCCUGCAGCUUCAGGAGGAAGGCAAGCUGCACAUGAUGAAGGAGAAGUGGUGGAGAGGAAAUGGCUGUCCAGAGGAGGAGAGCAAAGAGGCCAGCGCCCUCGGGGUGCAAAACAUUGGAGGGAUCUUCAUCGUCCUGGCCGCUGGACUCGUCCUCUCUGUGUUCGUGGCCGUGGGAGAGUUCCUCUACAAGUCCAAACAGAAUGCACAACUUGAAAAGGCCCAAUGGCGACAACGAGAUAAGAAACGUGAGGAAUUCUGCUGUCACCAUGGAUCCAAGCUAGACUUUAACCACCAUCUCAAAUGACCUCAAGAAAAACUCCAGAAACUUUUUUUUCUGUUGUAAUCUAACAUGAUCUAAAACUUCCCAAAACUAUUGAACUGUUUUUUUUUCUCUGACACUCCUGAGGGAAUGGUAACACUAAAAGCAGUUUAAUAAAAAAAAAAAGUGCCGACAGUAAUAUACAGUUGGAUCACAGGCACAUGUAUUGUUGCGAAGGUUUGCUAUGCUGCAUGAACCAUGUCGCCAACAGCCACAUUCACUAACAUGCACCUCCCCAAUUCUGCUGUCCAUCUCCAUUCUGCUUAUAAUGUUAAUGUUUCUCACAGGUCAUAUCUGUUGCAGUUGGUUCAAGCAUAGCCUUUCUGUAUCAUUGCAAUGGCACAAUACUAGAGCUUCCCAGCAAACAUUCUGGCACUGAGUAGAUGCUGAUAUAAUGGCCUGCACCAUCAGAGAAAUAUUCCAGCAACUGUAAAUACAUAAGUCAUGAAUGAACAGUGAAAUCUCACCAUGAAUAUAUUUACCUGGGUCAUAAAUGCUCACUUUACUUUGUCUCGUUCAAAAAGCUGAGCCAGUUCCAAACUUGUUGUAGAAAACUAUUCUAUUAUAUUCAGCUGGAACUGCAUAAAAAUGGAAUAUAUUACAUACGUACACCUGACAUAAAUAUGUAUGUAUACGAUAUAGUACAUCUUAUACAUAGAGUCAGAAGUGAUGCAUUGUUCAGUCAGGAAUAUAUUUACUUGGACAUUUUGUAUGACUUAAUAUGUUUGCAUUAGCAGACCUAAUAGCAGUAAUUACUUAUUUUAUACUUAACUCAGCAUCCAGCUGCGAGAUAUAUGCUAAAGCAGUAGUAGCUCUGAAUCAGCCAUUUAGAUUACACUAAGUGACACUUACAGUGUGUGUGUGUGUGUGUGUGUGUGUAUAUAUAUAUAUAUAUAUAUAUAUUCAUUUACAAUCUGAAGAAAACACAGCAUAAUAAAUUAUUACAUUACAUUAAUGUAGCGUAACUGUAUCCCAAGUGGGACACCGUUCGGCUAAGAUUCUAUCAAUAUUUCACAUUAACUACUAAUAUAUGAUCAUGUUAUGCUUCCAAUUAAUUAAAAGUUGUGAAACUAAAGUCUUACUUCUUAUCUUUCAAACCGUAUAUUGUUUUAACUGUGUACAUUAGCAUCGGGUUUACUAGAGUCGGCUAAAGGACGCUAACGCCGGUGAAUUAGCCGUGCGCUAACUGUAUCCCAAAUCAGACACUUGGAUCUCCUCGCUGUAAAACAAUAAAACAAUGGGGGCUGCUGAUUUUUUCGGGGGAAAUUUGAUGUUUCUGGGUAAGACAAAUAAAUCAAUAAAUCAACACACCCAGACAGUUCUUCAGUCCUUCACAAUAAAAUACAGUACAGUAAAUAUAAAGAUGUACUUUUUAGAUUGUCGCCCGAGUGUUCUUACUACUUUCUCUCAUCAGAGUUACUUUUGUAUUGUAAUUAGACAUGUAAAUAUCCAUGUACAUAAAUUUAAUUUCACACGUAGAUUGUUAAAUAUGUAUAAAUCAAUUAUACCUACACUGGUGGUGGUUAUUUGAAAU